AUGCUGCACGGUGAUCAAGGUAAACACAAUAUGGCAAAACGAUCUGUGGGAUACGCCCUUAAACGCAGGAACGAUCGUUUUGUGGUCGAGCCAAUUGUUGGAAUCGUGAAUCCAGCCUACGAACCCGAUCUGGGUGGAGAUAUAUCCUCAAACUGUGACAUCAAUCGAAAAUGGCAAGUAUAA